UUUUUUUUGUUUGUUUCUUUUGAGACAGAGUCUCACUACAUAGCUGUAGGUUAGCCUGGAACUCACAAUGUGGACCUGGCUGGCCUCAAACGAACUCCCAGAGAUUCAUUCACUUGCCUCUGCCUCCCUCUUGAGUGCUGGGAUUAAAGACUUGUACCACCUUCCUGCAGUGUAUAUUUUGAGAGUUUCUCUGGCUAAGGGCAUGGUUGGUUGUGGCUAGAGGCCUGCCUUAGCCUUGGCAUUCUCUCAGAUUGGAGAAGCAGAUGGUCACCACUAGAGGUUUCAAGUUGUCUUUUGUUGGACUUCAUUGCCUAAUUGCAGCCAGCUUCCUGUAAUGUAAAUAUUUGGAAACAACAUUCCUUACUGGUUAUGUUACAGUAAUAGCUGGACAAGUGACAUCUGGAAGGGGCAGGCAGGACAGAACAAAGCUGGACCUGGUGAUUCGGGCCUGUCAUUCCAGCCAUCAAGAGACUGAGGCAGAAGGAUCACAAGUUCAAGGACUGACAGGACUAUAGAGUCAGUUGAAGGCCAACGUGGGCAGUUUAGACUCAUUUUCAAAGUAUGAAUGAGAAAGAGGGCUAACUAGGGCUAUAAAUGCUGACUAGAACAUUUGACUAAUAUGUGUAAAACCCUAGGUUCACCGGGUGGCGUUGGCACACGCCUUUGAUCCCAGUACUCGGGAGGCAGAGCCAGGUGGAUCUCUGUGAGUUCGAGGCCAGCCUGGUCUACAGAGUGAGAUCCAGGACAGGCACCAAAACUACACAGAGAAACCCUGUCUCGAAAAACGAAAAACAAACAAACGAACAAUUCCAAGUACACACACACACACACACACACACACACACAAACACACACAAUCCCAAGAAACAAAACCCUCAAACCAACCAAAUAGAUAAAACAAACAGGUAUACAUACAGGUUAACAAGUUGGCUCAGUGGUUAAAGUACUUGCCAUGCAAGCCCAAAAUUGGGAGUUUAGAUUCAUGGAGCUCCCAUAAAUGUGGAGUGGGAAUAGAGUCCUGUCUGAAAUUCCAGCACUGGGAAGGCAGAAAUGUGAUCCUCCAAGUAGACUGACCAGGAAGAAUAGUUUUUCAUUUUAUUUUAUUUUAUGUGUGAGUGCUAUGCAUGUAUACCUGCAUGCCAGAAGAGGGCAUCAGAUCCUAUUGGGAACCACCAUGUGGGUGCUGGGAAUUGAUCUCAGGACCCCUGGAAGAGCAGCCGAUGCUCUCAACCGAUGAACCGUCUCUCCAGCCCCUGGUAGAAUAGUUCUAUGCAUGGACUCUUGAGUUCACUGGAGAGAUCCUACCUUAGGCAGAAAGCAAUUGAGGAAGACACCUGCUACCAUCCUUGGGUCUCCAUGUGCACACACAAGCACACAUCACACACGAGAAAACAUGCAAACACACCACACAAGUAUACACAUGAGGGAAAAACUGCCAAGAUUAAGAAAAGCUAGGGGCUUGAGAGAUGGCUCAGUGGUUAAGAGCAGUGGCUGCUCUUCCAGAGGACCUGGGUUUGAUUCCCAGCACCCAUAUGGUGGCUCACAACUUCCUUUAACUCCAGCUUCAGAGGAUCAGAUGUCCCCUUCUGGCCUCAGUAAGUACCCCAAAGUGCCAGACUUACAUGCAGACGAAACGUCCAUACAUACUAAAUAAAUAAAAAUUUUAAAAUAAAAGAGGAUUGUUUUUAUUCAUGAGUAUGUAUGUGCCUGCAUGUGCGCUGGUACCCUCGGAGGCCAGCAGGCAUUGGAUCUCCUGGAACUGGAGCUACAGGUGGUUGUGAGCCCCUGAUGGAGGCGCUGGGCCCCAGACCUGGGUCGUCUGCAGUAGCAGUAAAUACCAUUAACUUCUGGGCCUUUCUCCAGCCCAGCAAAGAUUUGUGGCUUUUUUUUUUUUUCACUUUAAGUGUGAACAAAGUGUUUUUAUUUUUAGACAGGGUCUCUCCUAUUGUUCAGGCUUGUCUCAAAUUCAUUAUGUAGUCAGGACGACUUUGAACUUCUGAUCCUCCUGUCUCCACCUCUUGAGUGCUGAAGUUACAGGCUUGUACCAACUGUGGGGUUUAUGUGGUGCUGGGGAUGGAACCCAAUUCUUGCACGCCAGGCAAACACUGCCAACUGAGUUACUUUGCCUGCGACUCUGUGUAGAUUUUGUAAUUCUCCUGGCUCCUGCCUUUCUGCAGGGACAGCGUAGGAAACGCGGGAUUUCAGAAAGGGCUCACAAGGGGCUUCGUGUAUUGUGAAAGCAGUGCAGAGGUCCCUCGCUCCUCUCGAUUGCAAGGACCCUGCCUUGGGGCACUGCUUCUGAAAGUCGGGGAGCUCUUUCCGGCCACCUCAGCAAACUAGAGAUCACUGAGAGCUCACGGAGGCUCGAGCUGAGAUCUGCCAUCUCCAGUUGGAAACGCACAUGCGAAAACUGUUCUGAAGCCACCGGACGCAUCAGCAGAUCCCAGACCAGCCUUGGGUGAGGGCUGUGAUCUCCUGCACGGGUCACCUCCCUUAGGACGUAGCGCUCGCACGUCAGGCAGCUCCAGACCCCGCUGCUACCGGAAAGUUACAGGCACAGGAACCGUGAAGAGCAGCGCGGCCCAGGAACCGCGACUCUUGCAAAAAACCCACAGUUAUUUCUUACAACAACAACAACUCUAAUCUGAGGUUUACGGUGCAUUUUUAACCAACAAAGUAAGGGGAAGAGAAAGACAUUGUCAUCCAGGAAUCCAGCUCUGGAGAAUCGAGGAAAAUUCUUCCCAGGAUGGUCUCCCACUCAGAGCUCAGGGAACUUGUCUGUUCAGCAGACGCAGUGUGCUUUGACGUCGACAGCACCGUCAUCCGAGAAGAAGGGAUUGACGAGCUGGCCAAAUUCUGUGGUGUGGAGGCUGCCGUGUCUGAAAUGACACGGAGAGCCAUGGGAGGAGCAUUGCCUUUCAAAGACGCGCUCACUGAACGCCUGGCAUUGAUCCAGCCCUCCAGGGAGCAGGUGCAAAGGCUCCUAGCUGAGCACCCUCCACACCUGACCCCUGGCAUAAGGGAGCUGGUAAGUCGCCUACAGGAGCGAAAUGUUCAGGUGUUCCUCAUAUCUGGUGGCUUUAGGAGUAUCGUGGAGCAUGUGGCUGCAAAGCUCAAUAUUCCAACAACUAAUGUAUUUGCCAAUAGGCUGAAAUUCUACUUUAAUGGGGAAUAUGCAGGUUUCGAUGAGAUGCAGCCAACAGCGGAAUCUGGUGGGAAAGGAAAGGUCAUUGGAUUUUUAAAGGAAAAAUUUCACUUUAAGAAAAUAAUCAUGAUUGGAGAUGGAGCUACGGACAUGGAAGCCUGCCCUCCUGCUGAUGCCUUCAUUGGAUUUGGGGGAAAUGUGAUCAGGCAGCAAGUGAAGAACAACGCCAAGUGGUACAUCACCGACUUCGUUGAGCUGUUGGGAGAACUGGAAGAAUGAUCUCAGCUUGUCGCUCACUCAGAACAACUCCAGCUUCUCCAAGCUACAACAGCGAGGCCCCUGGUGCAGUCCAGGGGGUAGCUAGCCUUUUCUACUGUAGUCCCAAUAUUAAUAUGACUACUAAUUACCUGGAGAGUUUUAUAUUCUGAAUCUUUUGUGAAUAUUUCUACCUAUAUUUUACCUGGAGCUUUCUGAGGUGCAUAGUAAAUUAAAUGCUUUUACUCUUGGGACAUGGA